AUGGAUUUUGAAAUAUGUGUUAUGGGGCAAGGGGUGGAAUUGAUUAUCAUAGCAGUAGAGAUUCUGGUCACUGGCAUCAAGGUGGUGGACCUGCUGGCACCAUACGCCAAGGGCGGCAAAAUCGGUCUGUUCGGAGGCGCCGGCGUGGGCAAGACUGUGCUGAUCAUGGAGCUGAUCAACAACGUGGCGAAAGCCCACGGUGGCUACUCGGUGUUCGCCGGCGUCGGGGAGCGAACCCGCGAAGGGAACGACUUGUACCAUGAAAUGAUCGAGUCAGGGGUCAUCAACCUGAAGGACACAACCUCCAAGGUCGCCCUGGUUUACGGGCAGAUGAACGAGCCCCCAGGCGCCCGGGCCAGAGUCGCGCUGACGGGGCUGACAGUGGCAGAGUACUUCAGGGACCAGGAGGGCCAGGACGUGCUGCUCUUCAUAGACAACAUCUUCCGGUUCACGCAGGCUGGCUCUGAGGUCUCCGCCCUGCUUGGCAGAAUCCCCUCGGCCGUGGGGUACCAGCCCACCCUGGCGACUGACAUGGGCACCAUGCAGGAGAGGAUCACCACCACCCGCAAGGGCUCCAUCACCUCCGUGCAGGCGAUCUACGUGCCAGCUGAUGACUUGACCGACCCUGCCCCUGCCACCACAUUUGCCCAUUUGGACGCCACGACUGUGUUGUCGCGUGCCAUUGCUGAGCUGGGCAUCUACCCUGCCGUCGACCCUCUGGACUCCACCUCCCGCAUCAUGGACCCCAACAUCGUGGGGCAGGAGCACUACGACGUGGCCCGGGGGGUGCAGAAGAUCCUACAGGACUACAAAUCCCUCCAGGACAUCAUUGCCAUCCUGGGGAUGGAUGAGCUGUCGGAGGAGGACAAGCUGACAGUGGCUCGCGCCCGCAAGAUCCAGCGCUUCCUGUCCCAGCCCUUCCAGGUGGCCGAGGUCUUCACUGGCCACCUGGGCAAGCUGGUCCCUCUGAAGGAAACCAUCAAGGGCUUCCAGGAGAUCCUGGCAGGUGCCUACGACCACCUGCCGGAACAGGCCUUCUACAUGGUGGGCCCCAUCGAGGAGGCCGUGGCGAAGGCGGACAAGCUGGCCGAGGAGCACUCAUGAGCCACUGGCUCCGUCAUGCCUCUCCCCCACCGCAUCCCCACCCAGCUCCCCAGGGCCCCAGCUGGGUGUCGUGUCGUGUCUGCAGAGUAUAUUUAAAGUUUCCAAUAAAACAUCCGUCUAAAACAUAA